CCAUCUCUCCAUCGCCAUCGUGGUUAUCUCCAUCCAUCCAUCCGCUGCGUCUUCGCUCCAGAAGCCACCCCCCUUUGAUCCCGCCGCUCACCCUGGCGGCGCAAUGAGCAGUAAGCGGCCGCGAGAGGAUCCCUAUUUGCUGCCCGAGCUCGACAGGCCACUCUGGUACAUCUCGCCUGGCGACAUCGUCCGUCGCUCGUCGCGCCCAUACGACAGCUGGCGCUUCGGCGAUGUCUUCACCGGCAUAGUCGGCAACGUCCAAGUCUCCAUCCAGCAGCUUGAGACAACACCGAGCGACCGGGAACUGGUCGAGCUUCUCAACAAUAUCGACGCCUGGCACAAGCUGAGCCAUCCAAACGUCCUUGAGCUCCUCGGCGCCUGCGGCCAGGACAUCGACGGCACGCCGAUUCGCCCCUUCUUCGUCUCGCCGCUCCUGCCCAUGGGCAAUCUACGGAACUACGUCUCGGAGAACAGCCUUCAGAUCCAACACAAGCUCGCUCUUCUCUACCAAGUGGCCUCGGGCAUGGCCUAUCUCCACGGCAGAAAUGUCAUCCACGGCGACCUCAGGGCCCUCAACAUUCUCAUGCGCAGACCCUACUCCAUCGUCAUCUCCGACUUUGACAUUGCCGGCACAUCCCAUUCCUCGUCUUCGCUCAAGCGCAACAAAGCUAGUCCAUUCUACAGGGGCACACCUGGCUACAUGGCACCCGAGAUGCAGGACGACGAAAGCCCCUGCGGCCUCUCCGGGCCCACAAAGAGUACAGAUGUCUUUGCCUUUGCCAUCACCGUAUGUGAGGUGCUCAAAAACGCAGAUCCCGUCUGGGUCACCUCCACCAACGAGCCCCUGCGUGAAAUCGUCGUCACCUUGCAGAUCAUCCGAGGCAGGCGGCCGAGACGAUUUGGCGGUGUCCCUGCCGACAUCUGGUCUGUCAUCGAACGCUGCUGGCAGCAAGAGCCCGCUCAACGACCCUCAUUCCCCGAUAUCCUUAUGCUCCUCGACGACUAUCGUGACCCCGCUGACGAUGCUCUCCUGGUGACCGCCAUCGAUGCGCUUGAGUUUGAGCUGUCCUGAGCUCCGUUCAGUUCAUGGUGAAUGAUCCCAUUGUGCGAGGCUCUCGCUGUGUUGUCCUCCCCGAACUGUCCUCGCUGGCACCGACAUGGAUAGCAUGUGGCUCUCAACAUCGACAUGCCACGGUCCGGGGAUGGGGCAAUACGAACUGUCCAGCCGGUCGAUUGCAUGACCGAUGCUCGCUGUGUGCUGACACCAGAAUAUCUUUGUAUGUAUAUAUCCAAUAUGAUACCGUGAGACUCACUGCAGUUGCUGCCAUUUACACCCAGACCAUCCUCAGUCUCUACAAAACAAACUUGGACGCCUUACAUCAAAGUCUUCCUCUCAACCACCUGAGACACACCCUGCCUCUGACACAUCCCCAAACACAUUCUCAUUUCCACAACCAACACACGGCGUCUGUCAAGUUGGUUGUGACUGGCUGUGCGGCAUGUUUGCGUCGCUCCUCGAUAC